AUGAUAUCCUUGACCCGCUGGAAGUAUCUAGGCAUCGCUGCCUCGGUCAUCCUACUUCUCCAUCUGCUCCUCUCCAUACAUCCCACAUAUCGCCAAUCCACCGAUAUUCUCUCCUUCGGCCUUCUACCCAAAACAGACCCAUGGCGUCCCACUUCUCCGCCAGAUUCGGCCCGGCCCGUGCUGGACCAGGACAUCUUGCAUGAGUUUGAAAAGAGCUUGGAGGAGAGGCGGAGGGCGAAGGCUGCCUUUGUGAUUCUUGCGAGGAACUCGGAUUUGUGGCAAAUCCUGGACUCUAUGAGGCAGAUGGAGGACCGUUUCAACCACUGGGCUCGCUACGACUAUGUCUUCCUUAACGACGACGACUUUACCGAAGAAUUCAAGAGGUAUACACAAGCAUUGACCAAAGCCAAAUGCCAUUACGGCAAGGUGGAUGCUGAAGAUUGGAACCAGCCCAGUUGGAUUGAUGAAGAGAAAGCCGCUGCUGCCCGACAGAAACUUGUCGAAGCCAAGGUCAUUUAUGGCGACUCGGUUCCAUAUAGAAACAUGUGCCGCUUCUACUCUGGAUACUUUUAUCGCCAUCCGCUUAUGGCCGAUUACGACUAUUACUGGCGCAUCGACCCCGGAGUGAAGUUCUAUUGUGAUAUCACUUACGACCCCUUCCUGUUGAUGCAAGAUGAGAAAAAGGUCUACGGCUUUACAAUCUCCCUCUUCGAGUACAUUGGUACCAUCCCGACAUUGUGGGACGCGGUCAAGGAGUUUGUAGCCAAUCACCCCGACUAUCUCGCCGAUGGCAACGCGAUGAGUUUCGUCAGCGAUGACGGCGGCGAGUCCUACAACAAAUGCCACUUCUGGUCCAAUUUUGAGAUUGCCGACCUCAACUUUUGGCGAUCCCCAGCUUAUACCGAGUUUUUCGAUUUCCUCGACAGCAAGGGUGGUUUCUACUAUGAGCGCUGGGGAGAUGCGCCUAUACACUCCAUCGCUGCAGCAUUGUUUGCCAAGAAGGAACAGAUACAUUUCUUCAGCGACAUUGGCUACAAGCACGAACCUUUCACUCACUGCCCUCAAGGAGAUGCACACACGAAAGGGCGCUGUUGGUGUAACGAGCGAGACAACUUUGAUUGGGAGUGGUACUCUUGUACCAAAAAGUACGUCGAGAUGUUCUAG